AUGAUCUUCAAGCACAUUCCAGGAGUGGAGACCAUGAUGGAUGACAUCAUCGUCUGGGGGUCCACAAAAGAAGAACACGACAUGAGAGUGAGACAAGUGCUGGACCUGACACGGAAAGUCAACCUAAAACUAAACGAGGACAAAUGCGAGUUUGUCUGUACGGUGCGCUGUCAGAAGUUCCUCAUCUCUCGUGUUGGUGAAGACUGGAUCUUCCUCAUCCUCCUGGGUCUACUGAUGGCUCUGGUCAGCUGGGUGGUCGACUUCGCUAUUGCCAUCUGUCUACAAGCACAGAAGUGGAUGUACGGAGGCCUGGAGAGUAAUGUGUUUCUCCAGUACCUGGCCUGGGUCACCUACCCUGUGGUGCUCAUCACCUUCUCAGCUGGCUUCACACAGAUACUGGCCCCACAGGCCGUAGGUUCAGGUAUCCCAGAGAUGAAGACCAUUCUGAGGGGUGUAGUGCUGAAAGAAUACCUCACCUUUAAAACCUUUGUGGCCAAAGUCAUCGGUCUCACCUGUGCCCUGGGCAGUGGCAUGCCUCUGGGCAAGGAGGGUCCGUUUGUUCACAUUGCCAGUCUGUGUGCUGCACUCCUCAGCAAAUUCAUGUCUCUGUUUGGUGGAAUCUACGAGAAUGAGUCGAGGAACAUUGAGAUGUUGGCAGCUGCCUGUGCUGUGGGGGUGGGCUGCUGUUUCGCUGCACCUAUAGGAGGUGUGCUGUUCAGUAUUGAGGUAACCUCUACGUUCUUUGCGGUGAGGAAUUACUGGAGAGGGUUCUUCGCUGCCACCUUUAGUGCCUUCAUCUUCAGAGUCCUGGCCGUGUGGAAUAGAGACGAGGAGACCAUCACAGCUCUGUUUAAAACCCGUUUCCGUCUGGACUUCCCCUUUGACCUCCAGGAGCUCCCAGCCUUCGCUGUCAUUGGUAUUGCCAGUGGUUUUGGCGGGGCAUUGUUUGUCUACCUGAACAGAUUGAUAGUCCAGUUCAUCAGGAAACAGAAGACCAUCAACAAGUUCCUCAUGAAGAAGCGUCUGCUGUACCCAGCCCUGGUCACUCUGCUGGUGUCUACGCUAACCUUUCCCCCCGGCUUCGGACAGUUCAUGGCAGGCAAGCUGACCCAGAAGGAGUCCCUGGUGACGUUGCUAGACAACCGGACAUGGGCCAAGCAGGGCAUAGCUGAGGGGUUUGACUACAUCGGCAACUCCCAGGCCUGGAAUCACCCCCAGGUCAACGUCUUUGUCACCCUCGUCCUCUUCAUCGUCAUGAAGUUCUGGAUGUCUGCUCUGGCUACCACCAUCCCUGUGCCCUGUGGAGCCUUCAUGCCUGUCUUCGUCAUUGGGGCAGCUUUUGGCCGUCUGGUCGGGGAGAGCAUGGCCGCCUGGUUCCCUGAUGGCAUCCACUCUGAUGGCACCAUCUACCCCAUAGUGCCAGGAGGGUACGCCGUCGUGGGUGCGGCGGCCCUGUCUGGAGCGGUGACCCACACGGUAUCGACGGCGGUCAUUGUGUUUGAGCUGACGGGUCAGAUCAGCCACAUCCUGCCGGUGAUGAUAGCGGUGAUACUGGCCAACGCCGUGGCCCAGUCCCUCCAGCCCUCGCUAUAUGACUCCAUCAUCAGGAUCAAGAAACUACCUUACCUCCCUGAGCUGGGCUGGGGACACCACGAGAAGUAUAAUAUUCGUGUGGAGGACAUCAUGAUCAGGGAUGUGAUGUACAUCACCCUCAACUGCUGCUACAGAGACCUGCAUGAUGUACUGCUGGCCGGACACCUCAAGACCCUAGCCCUGCUCGAGUCCAGUGAGUCGAUGAUCCUGCUGGGUUCUAUUGAGCGUGCCCAGCUCCAGGCCCUCCUGUCCCUACAGCUGGGCCGGCCACGGAGGCUAGAGUACCUGAGAGACCGGGCUACUGCUGAAAUGAAGCGCCUGUCGAUGGUCUCCCACCCGGGCAGCGAGGACGGCUCCCAGAGGGUUAACCAGGAGGUCCGGUUCCAGAUCUCCACAGAGGAGUCUUCCUUCAGUUCCACCCCUACCCCCUCCAUGAAGCCACUGAAGCCGGCCCUGAAGAGACCCUCUGUGGUGGACCGCCCUCCUGAUAUACACAUGCCCACAAGUCCACAGGACGACUCUGGCAACACCUUAAAGAAUCUCUUCUGUGUCAACCCUGAGACAGAAGGCCUGGAGGAUGACUUCGAUGUGGAUGAUGACAUGACCAUCAGAGAGAUUGCAGAGUGGGAGGAGAACCAGCUUGACGAGCAGGUGAACUUUGACAACUGCAAGAUCGACCCCGCCCCCUUCCAACUGGUGGAGCGCACCUCACUACAUAAGACCCACACCAUCUUCUCUCUGCUGGGGUUGGACCAUGCCUACGUCACCAGCAUUGGACGACUCAUCGGAGUGGUGUCCCUCAAAGAGCUGCGGAAGGCCAUCGAGGGCUCUGUGGCGGUGAAGGGGGUGAAGGUGCGCCCCCCUCUGUCCAGUUUCCGGGACAGCGGCACCAGUGGCACCAGCAGCAGCAAUAGCGAGAACGAAGCCACAGAGCUCCACAAGCUGUGGGACCGCCACAAGUCCAUGUCCCUCCCCCGGGAGCACCUGGCCUCUGACUCUGACGAGAAGUCCCAGUGAGGGGGAUGGGGACAGGGAGAUGGGGACAUAUUUUUGGGAGAGGUAUAUUGGAUGGGGAUUGGGACAGGUAAAUGUAGACAGGUAUAUUGCCGAGGAGGGGGGAGGAGUAGGAUGAGCGUUGACCCCCCCCCCCCCACUUAGAAACCACAACCGAUGCUGCAACCUCAUAGCUUGGAUCAAUAUUUAAUUCUGGAAUAUAGAGUUCUCGCUUCCUCUCCUUGCCUUCCUUUCCAUCCCUCUCUCCUUUACCCCUCCUCCCGGUGGGCCUUUGGGCCCUGCACUUACUCAACUCUUAUGGAGGAGGGAUUGACUCACCACAGACUGGACCCUGCUCUCCACUAGGUUUGGGGGGGCCCACAACAGAAUAGAUCUGUGUGUUAGGGAGGGGAGAGGAGUUAAGGUGUCACUGCUUAACAAAGUUUGUCAGAACAAAAUGUAUAGAAUGUGGUUUGACUGUAAAAGGGAUUGCAUUUUCUUUUUUUGCCAACUUUGGUAUUGGUGAGGAAAUGUUCAAAGUUUGUUUGCAUUUUGUGGACCUGUAAACGUUUCUUUCUGACCAGUCUUCCAUAUGCAGACGGUUCAACAGUGAUAAGAAGAUAGGCUUGUGUACCGGUAUGGAUGUGAGUGUAUAUUGAGUGCAUGGACGUAUUGGUUUGUAUGUAUUUACACGAAGAAGGUAGAGAAACCAACCACCUGCUUUAAUUCCUUUGUGAUUUGAAUCUUCUUAUCAGACACAUUUCAGUCUUAACAUUCCAGCUGUGUUCUAGUUUGUUCCCAUCUGUUUUAGUGACCUGGAACUGGAAAUAAGUAGCCUAGUGGUUAGAGCGUUGGGCCAGUAACCGAAAGGUCGCUGGUUCGAAUACCUGAGGCAACAGGGUGAAAAGUCUAUCUUUGAGCAACACUUAACCCUAAUUUGCUCCAGGUGUGGCUGACCCGGUAAAACAACAACAACACAUUUCCCUGCAACUAUCUGUGACAAUAAAAUGUCAAUUUUUUUCACCUUGCCUCUGUAGAGAGAACCACAUACUGUUCUGGUCUCACAUUGGGAGAUGUCUUCACCACUCUCUCUCUGUCCUCUCCCUCUACCCCUAUUCUUUUCUGUGUUACAUUAGUGCUUGAGUCUGGGUGAGAGAAUAGUCUACUCUAUGCAAACAGAUGUACAGUAUGUAUGUAGGUAUUCUGUAGAAUGGUGAAAACAUGUGUUAACAUUUACCUUUCAGCAUGCUUCAACACACAUGCUGUGCACUCCUUUAAGAAAACACGGCCUCAAAAACACACACACAGAUUUUAAUAAGAGCCAGUCCAAGAGAAGAGGGCUUUCUCUAGGUGUAGCUCUUAAUAACCCUAACUGAGUAUGUUGGGCUAGGGAGGGGGGAGGAAGAGGGAGAGUGAAUGGAAGAAUGAAAGAUCACAGAAUGAAAGCAUUUUCUGUUAUGUAAUCUGCUGCGUUAGGGAGUUUUCUUCAAUAGAACCCAGGGUAGCUUUCUGGUUGGCCAACUUCACAUCCCCACUGUCCACUAUCCAGUAACACUACGGUGAUCAGAGUAAGGUCAGACCCAGACCACAUAGAACCAGUUUAAAUAAUGCUGACCAGUAGCCAACUGACUGAAACUAGAUAUCUGAACUAACUGACCAAUGAUCAAACACUACAGCCCAUCCAUACUGACCAAUUAGAAGCCGUCAGCAUUACCGAUCGGUGAUCUAUACAUGAACUAUGAUAAAGCACUCCAUUCCUACUACAGUAUGAUUUAUCAAUAGUCCUACUGAUGUAUAGACCUGCCUAGAGGAGGUCUGGUUAUAUGGUUAAGAGUCUGACCUCUUGAUUUUGACUUAUUCAUGUAUUUUCCUCACGACAGUUGCUGGCUUUUUUAAUGUGCUGCAUGGUUUCCUUAGUCAUUUGAAUGUAUUUAACUAUUAAGUAUGUUUUGCUUGGUGAUAUAAGCUCCAUACUGCACAAGCCCAGUGUGCAGCUUCCAAUCAGAUCACAUACAGUUCCUUAUUGAAUUGUCGGGCAAAAAAAAAGUAAGUAUGGCCACUACUCGUUUUCUUUCAGUCUCUCACUCGCUCAUUCGCUCUCUCUCACUGAUUGAUUAACAGGCAGGGGUCAUUUUGAGGCUUCUUUCUUCCUCUCUCCUUUGUAAUGUUUGCACUGAAAGGCCUGAUGCCUCUGAAAAGGACUGAGCAGAGUCACUUCCUGUGUCAAACACUCCUUCCACCUGCAAUUGUUGUUAUUUGGAUUUUACUGUUUUCACCCAGCAAUGUCAUAAUUUCUGCUCACAUACACAAGCUCAGAGUAUCUGACUGUGGUUAUACACUUUCAGAUUCCUUAUUCAGUGCCACAUUGAAUAAAGCACACACACACAUACACACACACACACUGACUGACAUUGUUAUUGCAUGAAUAGGUUUUAAUUUCAGUGGUGAGUUCUUGCCUUGUUCACCACCACUGAAAAGAAAAUACACACACACACAUAUACAUAAACACACACACUAACAUGUUCACAGACUGACAUGCCCAUCCUCACAUGCAGAGAGAGACACUCACACACCUUGAGUGACAGCAUGGCUUUGCAUGAAGGAGUGCAUGUGACUUUGAAGGCUGUGUUUUCAUAUUGUUAGAACUUUGACCAACAGAACAUAUGAGAAAUAUUCUGUUGUAUAUACAGGGUUGGGUAGGUUACUUUCUAAAUGUAACCCUGUGUGUAUAUCAUUUUAAUGGACAAUGUCAAUAUGCUGAUGGCUAUUUUGUUGAAUGUUUUUAUUCUCACUUAUUUUGCAUGUUUUCUCAUUGAAUUAGUUUUGAUCUAGGUUUGAUUGGCAUUCAUUCAUCCAAUGAGCUUUAAUCAUGGCUUAUUUUGGAAAAGGAGAUGGGCUUUUUGGGGAAUGUGUGGAUUUAAAACUUUGCUAUAGGUUUACAGAUUUAACAUAUUUAACAUCAUUGCUGUAAUACAUGAUUGUUAAUUUAAAAUCUAACUGAUCUACAUUGCUAUCUAUCGAGUUGCUCUUCCUGCAACUCCUUUUUAGUUUUUGUUGCGUAUUGCUCUUCCCUGUCUGAUUGUUAUAAAAAGGUCCAAUGUUCAAUGUUUUUCCAGCCUUGCAGCAUGUACCCAACAUUUCUACAAUGUUUAUAUAUGUAAUUUGUAUAAUGCAAAUAACACUAUAAAGUAAGCAGAAUGAGACCCACUACCUGAAGUAACAGGAACAUUUAACCAACGUUUAUAGAAUGUUUAAAGGACCCACGGGUGUUCUCGUGGUCCGUAUGACAUCGGCAUUUCACAAGUGCCUACAUCAUCCUGGCCCCUGCAUGGUAACAGGGGUAGGAUAGGUUUUCUCUGUAAAUGAAUGUGAUAAGUUUGAGGGAUAGAAAUAACUACCCAUGUCUCUGCAUUUGAUAUAUAUACACACACACACACGGAGGAUGUGUCAGUACAGUGUGCAAUUAUCCAUAAUCACCAUGGCAACUCUCCGUUGUCAGUCCCCAAGCUUGCCAAAGGGACCAGCGAAAAUGCACGUUUGAUUUGCUUUAGUGUUUGUAUUUUUCAGAUGGGUUUUUCAUUAUUUUGUGUUUCUCUUUAGUCAUUUUCUUCUUAUUUUCCUUUUCCGUUGUCUAUGGCAUCAUUUACUACAAGAUAGAUAUUUUAGGGCAGGCACAUAUUUAUUAAUAGGUGUUAAUCAAAAUAGAAGAAUCUGAUUUGUUCGUUUUUUUAUUAUUUCUAUUUGAAUGAUUAGAUUAUCAACUUGUGCAAUAAUGAUUGUUCAUCUCACUUUCUAACCAGAUUUUAAUAUAUGACUUGACAUGAAUGUAAGAACCUUAUUUUUUGUGAAGAAAUUGAAAAAUGUUAAACAAUAUGUAUGUAAUGACACACACUGUCUGUUUGGUCCCAGGCCAUUUCUGGAUUCUGCUGCUUGUACUGUCUCUGUCUGACUCUGGACUGUAUGAUGUGUUAUAGGCCCACUACGGAAACCCACUGGGGUCGAACCAGCCAGCGCUUAACAAGUCCAGUGCUAUUUUUCAACAAAAAAAAUAAUA